AUGCAAGCCUCCUUUAGCGAUUUGGAGAGACUAUGGCUCCUGCUCACGAUCUACCGAUUAGGUCGAAAUUCCACUCCGACCAACGCAUCUAAACUGGCAUUGGCCUCGCUUUCACGUAAUGCCACCAUCCCAUGCGAGCCCUCGCACAACACCCUCCUCACGUCUUCCAGCGUUGCUUCUUCACCUCGGCCCACCCUCUUACGCCUGACCGGUGACAGUUCGCUCAACUUUGGUCUGUACCAGGCGAGCAGGCGUGGACACGGCUCAAGUGGUACAGCCAAACACCGUCUGCCUCAAGAACUUACUCGCUCCUCUUCCUCCAGCCCGACUGCUGCUCAUCGCCCAUCUGCUCGUCUGUCUGCCCACCCGUUCCGAGCCACGCCUCGCCGCGUCAUGAGCAUGCAACCGGACAAAUGCAACGUGAGCAGGCCGAACCCACCAGCACACACUCACACACAACCGAGGCCACACCAAAAAGGAGAGGCAAGACGACCCAACUGUCUCGAGGUUCGAAUCCAUACACAUCAUGUGCCUUGCCAUGUGAAUUGA